AUGACGUUGGCCGAGACGUGCAUUCGCUGCGCGCGGCAUUCGUGCCGGCUUCUUACCGAAUGCUGGAUUGAUGGCUCGUUUGCUACCUUUGACUACUUUUAUACACAGUACCUCUUUUCCGCAGCGACGAUCCUCGCUGCCUCCAGCUUGCUGAAUGGAAAAGAAAGCCACAACGACAGGGAGCAGUUCGAGGAAGCUGCUCAAUUUCUCUCGCAGCUGAAGGACAAUGGUAACUUCGCAGCCGAGGAAUUUUGCCAACACAUUGACGCCAUGAAGAAAACCAUGGCUGCGGCCCAGGCCCGUCGAGGAGGUUAUGCCGCCGAAGGAGACACGUCUGCGGCGAUGCCCUACCCCACAUCUACUUUCACCGAUGCCGUGAACCUUGGCCAGCCUUUCCAAACGCAGAACACGACGGCUGGUAUGGCACUCAAUGAACCUUCGCUGCAGGAGCUCCUGGCCCAACCGAUCCUGGACUUGCAGUUUAUUGAUGCCUCCAUUUACAAUGAUGGUGCUCAGGGGCUUUACUGGCCGGACUUUAGUCCGGAAUCGUGGACGCCGGAUGCCUGGGCGGCGACUUGA